GUCUUAUAAGGGACAACAUUUACUACCAAAGGUAAAUUAACGAACUUAACCGAACAAAUUACAGUCCUCUGAGUACUCAGGAGCUCGCUGGAAUACAUAGUGAAAUAGUUCGCUAAUAUGUUCGUUCGGAACCGUUUUUUGUAAACGACGAUGUAUCAUUCACUCGACACCUACUAUACGGAAAAGAUGAAAUUUGAUUGUUAUGUUCAAAGUUUUAUUAAAGCUUAGGAAAAGUUUUAGUUACAUUUAUUAGUGAAAUCAAAUGUUAAUGGACAUAUAUUAAAGUAACAGUAAUAAUGGAAAAAUCAACCAUAAGCAAAUACGAUCAAAAGAGAUCGACCAAGAUUUAUGGCAUUAAUGUAACACCAUAUGAUUCUGCACCGGUAAAACCAAAUUUGGAUGGAGAUCGGUUGAAUUUUUACUUGUUGAUACUACUGUAUAUUAUUCAAGGUUUCCCUUUAGGAUUGUCUUCCUCAUUCCCGAUAAUUUUACAGAGUAAAAAAAUGGUCACUUAUGAAGAUCAAGCUACAUUCAGUAUUGCAUUAUGGCCAUAUAUUAUGAACAUCUUAUGGGCGCCAAUAAUUGACGCAUUAUAUAUUCAAUGUGUAGGAAGACGAAAAUGUUGGCUAAUUCCUUUACAAUUAUUAAUGGGGUUAUUUAUGUUUUACAUGGCCUGUAACAUCGCCGAUUGGUUGCCCGAAUCAGGAAAACCAAAUUUAAAAAUGUUAUCAAUCAUGGUUUUUGUCCUUAACGUCUUAAGUUCAACUCAAGAUAUAGUUGUCGAUGGUUGGGCUUUAACUAUGCUGAAAAAAAAUAACGUGAGUUAUACAGCAACAUGCAAUUCUACAGGAAUACUGUUCGGAAUAUUUCUCGGUGAAGUCUGUUUCACUUUGCUUGUAUCAGAGGAAUUCAACAUUAAAUAUUUUCGAGCUAUGCCAGGCGCAGGAGGACUAGUGUCUAUGAAAAGUUGUUUAUUAUGCUGGGUUAUUUUAGUUGUGUCAGUGACGUUGUUAAUUGGAAUAUUUAAAAAGGAAAAGAAAAAUCUAGAAGAUGAUUUCGAAAAGAUAAGUGUUUUUCAGAAUUAUAAACUGUUAUGGGAAAUUAUAAAGUUACCUAAUAUAAAAGGAUUGGCAAUAGCUUUGUUGACAACAAGGAUUGGAUUCAUUGUAACAGAGUCAGUAUCGCAAUUAAAGUUAAUUGACGCUGGUUUAUCUAAAGACGACAUUAUGAUUUUAACAACAAUAAUGUAUGUUGUAAAAUUUACCAUUCCGAUAUUUAUAUCCAAGUAUAUUACGAGUAUCAAACCGAUGAGCUAUUAUUUAAAAAUGACACCCAUUAGAUUAGUCUGGGGUAUUGUUUACGUGACGUUGAUAUAUUUUACACCUAGUUUAAUACAUUUAGAUAAUGCUGAAGUUAGCGUGCCAGUGUAUUACUAUUUAACAUUGGGAUUUGUUUAUUUCAUAAAUGAUAUGCUGAGUUUCUUUAUGCUAUUAGCAUUGUUUUCGUUCUUUUAUCAAAUUAGUGACUCGCGUUUUGGCGGAACGUACAUGACACUAUUUAAUACCUUAUACUUUUUGGGAUGGUUUUUACCAAAUACUCUAGUGCUGAAACUGAUUGACAUUACUACCUUUAGUAAAUGUUCGAAUGAUGCACAGAACCUAUGCUCUACUCCAAAUUUGACAAAUAUGUGCAAUAAGAAUGGAGGAAGUUGUAGCAUAUACGUAGACGGUUACUAUAUUACAACAGCUGUUUGUGCUGUCAUCGGAUUGGUUUGGUACUGUACUUUCAAAAACACGUUGAAACGUUAUCAGACAUUGAGCCGUACUCGUUGGAUGGUGUAUGCUAAACCAUCAGACAUCGAUGAAGUUCAUGAACCGUGUAUUACAUCUUCGUGAUAGAUAUAAUUAAUGUAUUAAUUGUAUUAUAAUGAAAGUGUAAAAAUGUAAAUAAAUGAAUACCCGAGUACCUACAUACGAUAGAAAUAAUGUAAUAGAAUAACAAUCCUUUGAACUUACUAUAAAUAUAUCCAUUAAGA